AAGCUCGUGAGCGACGUGUCCCUGUUUUCUCUGAGAGACUUGGCCAGUGAGGUUUGCUGAGAGAAAACCAAUAGUGUUCAUCUGAACGGUCUGAAUAUCAGUGGAAGAAAGAAGAUCUAGUAGAAUGUGGCUUAUAGUGUUAUUACUGACAGAGACGUUGCAUACAGAAGCUUCACUGCAAACUUUUACAAUAGAUGAAGAAUCAGAGCCAGAGUUUUCUAAAGCAGUUCCAAACGUCACUGUAUCUGUUGGUCGUGAUGCGCAACUGCCGUGUGUCGUGGAUAACUUGGGAUCUUACGGGGUAGCCUGGUUGAGAGUUGAAAGUAAAACCAUCCUGACUAUCCGUCAUAACGUCAUAACCGGAAAUUACAGAAUAGAUCUGAGUCAUGGAGACCGAAGAAAUUGGAUUCUUCACAUCAAGAACGUUCAGGAAUCCGAUAGGGGAGGGUACAUGUGUCAGAUAAACACGUUUCCCAUGAAAAGCCAAGUAGGGUAUCUAGACGUUGUUGUACCCCCGGUAAUUAUUGACGCCGAGAGUGAUACUGACGUUUUGGCACGUGAAGGCUCAAACGUCACAAUGAAAUGUCGCGCUAAAGGCUAUCCAGUUCCCGAGAUUACGUGGAAGAGAGAAGAUGGUCAGCCUAUAUCUGUAGGUCUUUGGCAAAAUGACCUUGAUCAAGACAUCUCAUAUAAAGGAGAACUUCUGAAAGUGACUAAAGUUAGCAGACUGCACAUGGGUGCCUAUCUGUGUAUCGCGUCCAAUGGAGUACAACCUUCAAUAAGUCGACGAGUUGUUCUACACGUACACUUUACACCUAUGAUAUGGGUUCCAAAUCAACUAAUUGGUUCUCCCAUCGAAAAUGACGUCACACUGGAGUGUCAUACUGAAGCGUAUCCGUCGUCAAUCAACUACUGGCAGACUGAAAGAGGAGACAUGAUAGUGAGUGACCACAAAUACCGUGUCAAAGACGAACACAAAACGUACAAAGUUCACAUGAAACUCAUUAUCUUGAAUAUUCAGCCAGAUGAUUUUGGAACUUAUAAGUGCCACGCCAGAAAUUCCUUAGGUUCCACAGAAGGCAACAUUCGUAUCUACGAAAUACAUCUUUCUCCAGGUAAAGAGGAGAUAACUGUUAUACCGGACAACACUUUAGGACGAGAUGACAACUUGCCUUUAAAGCAAGCAGAUACAAAAGAAUCGGCGAGAAGAAUACAAGGAGAAAACCUAGGUUUUCCUAACGAGUCCUUAAGCAGAGAAACUGGUGAUGUUUUUAAGACCCCUGGGGAUAAUCCAGGAUCUACUUCAGGGAAAAACGUCGCCGCUCUUGGGAAUAAACCUUGUAUAAUAACAUUCUGGUGUUUUACCUUUGUAAUGCAAUGCUUAUCCACACUGGCAGUGAUUAUGACCACUAGGACAGACAGAUGACGGACAAAGCCACGAUCGUUCAACUAAUGAAAUUGAGAAGCUUGUAUCAAUUCAAGUGUAUGCGUGGAAUUUCUGAUAGAUUGGGUCCGAGCCAAUAGUCAAUAGAAUUUUUAUUGUACGAGCUUGUAAUUAGAAAUUAACGUCAUUCAAACUGCUUGAAUGAUUAUAAAUAAUAAUAAAGUAUACAUUGGAAAGCCUUAAGCCGAUGCGAAUAAAAUGGUUUUCGUACACAGGCCAUGUGAUUUGUGUUUCAAAACUUAGUCUAAUUUCGGGGAGAAAUAAUGUCGUCAUCGGUAAUAUUCAUGAACAAAAAUAUCUCCCUAAGAGUUUUAAGUAACUCUACUCUUUAUGUGUAAGAUGGUAAUUAAAUGUGGGUAAACUGGAAAACUUACAUAAUGUUGUGGUCAGUGUGACGUUUAUUGGUCAAACUAUUGUCUCCGUUAUAGAUAUGUAU